GAGGCUGGCGCGCCCCAGUCUCGGGGUUCCCGCCUGGCAGCUGCAGCCGCCGCUGGCGUGCGGGGGUGGGGUGAGGGACGAGCCGUGUGUCCCCAGGUGCAGACGUUGCCCGCUGGGCACUGAUUGCACCGCGGGUCUCCCGGGUGGGCCUGGAGCGCCUCCCCGGGGAUCCGAAGGGCGCCGGGGCUCUCAGUCCCUGUUUCCCCUACUCUACGUCUCUGCUCCCGGGAGGAGGAGAAGGAGGAGCUGCGGGGAACAACAAAUCAUUACAACUUCAAAGCAUCUUAGAAACUUUCACCUGUGCUAAAGCUUGGACAGUUUUUCCUUUCCUCUCAUUUGAAAGGAUUUAAAGAAGAAAUAAAAUGGCAGAGUUUUAAAGUUAAGAUUCAGGAUGAAUGAUGAUAAUUCAGAUGAGAAGACAGAAGAUGAACUGCAAUCCUUAUUUAUCAGUGAUAAAAAUGGAAAGACAUAUGCAUACAACCAAAAAUCACCACACACACAAAACUCUUCAACCAAUAAUGUGAAUUGGAAUUCUGCCAAGCCAGAUGAAAUGGUGGUUGAUUAUGAAACCAACUCUGCUGGGGACAUUGAUGAAAAUCUUGCUUCAACCCCUCGGUGUGUGGAAGUACUUGAUCAGCAGAAGUCUUCAAAUGAGUUGAUUGGUAAGGAGGUGUUCGAUAUCUGUAAAGAUUCCACACUUCAGUCUUGUGCAUAUGUUCUAAAUACAGAGGAACCCAAGUACCUGCCUAACAAAUGUCAUUCCCUAGAAUCAUUUCAGGACCAGAGUGCUGAGACAUCUCUGCCUUUUGUGUGGAAAUCCAACAACGAUGAUUUGCACUAUACAGACUAUCCUACCGCCUUGGAGCUAAACCAAACAUUUGACAUGACAGUGGAUCAUGUUAACUGCACCUUUAUAACCCAUCAUGCCAUUGAAAAGAGUCAGUCUCUGCAUACCUCUGGAAAGCGGCAGCCAACCGGCACGAGGGGUGGAAAUCCAUCUUUAUCCUGUUCCAUUCAUACAUCUUCACAUUCUGAUAACAUACACGUGAGAGAAACAAAUUAUGAUCAAGACAGCUUUGAAAACCCACAAGCCACAGAAGCAGAGGCUCAAGACACAACUUACACAGCAUUUUCUGAUGUGAUGCAAACUGAUGUUGUUGUUCCAGAUACUGGCAUUCAGUGUCCAUAUUCUUCAGGACGGGUCACCAGUGACUACACAGAUGGGUCACAGCAAAAACUGGUUGGACAAAAAGAGAUACAAACUCAUACGCCAGUUUCUGAGGGCAUGGUUGUUCCCAAUGGGUCUGUAUUACAAGAGUUCUUUUGUUUAUCUAAGGAUGAGCCGAAUAGUGAGACACAUUCACAGAGCUCAUAUGGGCAAGAGAAAAUGGGCCAAAAUCUAAGAAAAACAGUGUCCUAUUGUCUUAUAGAUGAUGAAUGCCCUUUACUGGGGCCAGCUUUUGAUAAAAAUGAAGCCCAAGUGCUGAACCCAGAACACGAAGUCACUGUGGCUGAAGACACACAAAAUGCCUUUAAUGAAAAGGAUUUAGAAACCCAAAAUCGUACCACUGAAUUGAUACUGAGUAGCCCACCAGGACAAAAGAUGGCUUCAUCAGUUGAACUGAGUUGGGAUGCAAAUGAUAUGGUCAUUAGCACAAAUAACCCAGUUUGCAUGUCAACGCCAGUCCUAGAUUCCCCAAAUGCAACCUUUUCUAUUUCACCUAUUGAAGGGACCAAGAAAUGUAGUAAAGUGGAGAAGAGUCCUCGAGAGCUUCGAAAUUUACCAAACUUGAAGGGGGCACCUAUGAACAUGUCUAAACCUAAUCUAGGAAAACUGACAACUAAAAUGAAUACCCCUGUAGGCAGCAAAGUUAGAAAAACCGAAAUUAUAAGCUACCCAAGACCAAACUUUAAGAAUGUCAAAGCAAAAGUUAUGUCUAGACCAGUAUUGCAGUCCAAAGACCCUGCUUUAUCAAAGGUCACACCCAGACCUCAGUUAAGCAGUGCCUCAUCACCCUCAUCAGGGUCUUCCUCAAGACCGUUGACAGCUUUGAGCAAAACACCAAGGUCUGACUUGAAUGCAGAUACAAAAGCAGAAAUCCUAAUUAACAAGAUGCAUAAGCAGCAAUUUAAUAAACUCAUUACCAGCCAGGCUGUGCAUGUUACAACUCAUUCUAAAAAUGCUUCACACAAAGUUCCAAGAACAACAUCUGCCAUGAAAUCGAAUCAGGAAGAUGUUGACAAAGCAAGUUCUAAUUCAGCAUGUGAGACUGGGUCCGUGGCUACCUUUUUUCAGAAGAUCAAAGACAUACUCCCUGUGGAAAUGGAAAGCACAGGAUGUUUGGAAAUAACAUAUGCUUCCAGCAUCAAUAGGAUUAGCCCCGAAAAGAAGGGUGAAAAAGAAAAUGGGACACCUAUGGAAAAACAAGAGCUAAAGAAGGAAAUUAUGAAUGAGACCUUUGAAUAUGGUUCUCUGUUUUUGGGUUCUGCUUCAAAAACUGCAGACACAUCAGGCAGGAAUAUAUCCAAGCCUGACUCCUCCAAUUUGAGGAAAACACCUGGUUCAAAAGCCAAAGCGGGGCCUUCUGUUUCCUGUUUGAGGAGGAAUAGUGACAGUAGAAAUCUCAAUUCUGAUCGGGCCUUAUCUCCACAGAGGAUCAGGCGUGUGUCCAGUUCUGGAAAACCUACAUCCUCGAAAAAUGCACAGCCAUCUCGAGUGAAUUUGCUUAGACCACUUCCUAAAUGCAAAGCGUCUUUGAAAAGUUCUGCGCUGAGGAGGACGGGAAGCACCUCCUCUAUUACCAGCACCCACAGUGAUCUGAGCACUUACAGCAAUAAUUCUGGUAAUGCUACAGUCAUCAAGUAUGAGGAAAAACCUCCCAAACCAGCAUUUCAGAAUGGUUCCUCAGGAUCCUUAUAUUUGAAGCCUUUGGUAUCCAGAGCUCAUGCACACUUACUAAAAACUCCUCCAAAAGGUCCCUCAAGAAAAAAUCUAUUUACAGCUUUUAAUGUGGUUGAAAAGGGCAGGCAAAAGAAUCCCAGAAGUUUGUGUAUCCAGACACAGACGUCUCCAGAUGUGCUGUCCUCUGAAAAAACACUUGAAUUGGCUCAAUAUAAAACAAAAUGUGAAAACCAAAGUGGAUUUAUCCUGCAGCUCAAGCAGCUUCUGUCCUGUGGUAAUAUCAAAUUUGAAGCAUUGACAGUUGUGAUUCAGCACCUACUCUCUGAGCGGGAGGAAGCACUGAAACAACACAAAACCCUAUCUCAAGAACUUGUUCACCUUCGAGGAGAGCUAGUCACUGCUUCAUCUACCUGUGAGAAAUUAGAAAAAGCCAGGAAUGAGUUGCAAAUAGCUUAUGAAGGAUUUGUCCAGAAGCUAAACCAGCAGCACCAGACUGAUCUAUCAGAGCUAGAGAAUCGGCUUAAAGAAUUUUACACCGGGGAGUGUGAAAAGUUCCAGAAUAUUUACAUUGAAGAAGCAGAGAAGUAUAAAACUCAGUUGCAAGAGCAGUUUGACAACUUAAAUGCUGCCCAUGAAACCUCUAAGUUGGAAAUCGAAGCCAACCACUCAGAGAAAAUCGAAUUGCUAAAAAAAACCUAUGAAACCUCCCUUUCAGAAAUCAAGAAAAGCCAUGAAAUGGAAAAGAAGUCACUUGAGGAUAUGCUUCAAGAGAAGCAGGAAUCGCUGGAGAAACAAAUCGAUGAUCUGAAGAGUGAAAAUGAUGCUUUAAAUGAAAAGUUGAAAUCAGAAGAACAAAAGAGAAUAUCAAGAGAGAAAGCAAAUUUAAAGAACCCUCAGAUCAUGUAUCUGGAGCAAGAGUUGGAAAGCCUGAAAGCCGUGUUGGAGAUCAAGAACGAGAAACUCCACCAGCAGGACAUCAAGUUAAUGAAAAUGGAGAAACUGGUGGACAACAACACAGCGUUGGUUGACAAAUUGAAGCUAUUCCAGCAGGAGAAUGAGGAAUUAAAAGCUCGGAUGGACAAGCACAUGGCGAUUUCAAGGCAACUCUCCACCGAGCAGGCCGUUCUGCAGGAGUCACUAGAGAAGGAGUCCAAGGUCAACAAGAGACUGUCCAUGGAGAACGAGGAGCUGCUGUGGAAGCUGCACAAUGGGGACUUGUGCAGCCCCAAGAGGUCCCCCACAUCCGCCGCUGUCCCCUUCCAGUCACAGAGGAACUCCGGCUCCUUCCCCAGCCCCAGCAUCUCACCCAGAUGACGCUUUCUGGAAGCUGGGAGACUGAAAGCGUUUGUACAGGUCUGCGGGACUGACCCUAACCACGCUCAUGGGCACGAGCGCUACCGUAGUGGACGCGUGAUGACCACUCUGGAACUGGAGAGUCGCCACCCCCGAGGCUUCUUAGGAGACUGGAACUCUGGAGGAAGACUUGGACCCCGUCCAAGAGCCUCCUCCCCAAAGAUCUCAGAACGGAUCUACACGGACACUGUUGCACAAAGCACUUAAAGAACAAGAGGGUCUUGUUCAUUGCCUUUUUCACCUAAGCAUAAGGGGAAAAAAACUCUCAGGGGCCUGUUAAGAUAAAGAUUUAUAACCUUUAUAAUGUUCUUCACCACAGACACCUUCUUGUGAUUUUUAUUUUGGUCUGACUGGGGAUGUAUGAAUGAAAUGGAUGCACAGAGUGUCGUGUCUGAUGCUGCCUCCUUUGCUGUGUAUUCAAAGUCAAAUGCUGCAUAUAUCUGGGUGUGUACUAAUCAAAUAAUAGUCAGUGUAUGCACUUCUGCAAAAGCCAUAGAAGGAGGAAUGAUCGUCGCUUGAAUUAAGAUUCUCGACCACCAACUCAGCUCAGCCCUUGACCGUGGGAAGCGGUAAUGACAGGAAAGGCUUUGACUCGUCCACGUCUCUACAGCUCUGUAUCCUUCGGGAGGAACUUGUUGGCAGUCUUUUGGUGUUUGGCAACGUCAGUUGAAACUAGAUUUUUUUCCUGUAGAUUUUUAACAUCCCCAUGUGAACCUAACAGUCUAUUUUCUCAGGCUGUGUGCAGAUAUAGAACCCUAAUUUUUCUAAAAAUCUGUAUAAAGAAAAAGGGCAGUACCAGUGGAUUUGCUUCUGCCUUAUUUUUACCUUGAUCUGAGCUAUUCCCACAUAUUGAAACUAUCUGCUCUCCCAUUAUCCUCAUUUCCCCUCUUCCUCUUCUCCUCCCUUCCUUCCUCCUCUUCACCCAUCCCUCACUGCCCCCCCUCUCACCAGAGCCACGAAAGCAAGCCUUCUACCUCCUACCUACUUUUCUCUGGGACAAGGAAUAUGCUUUUCCAGAGCCAGCUCAUCAUCAAGGUGCCAAAACCACUUUCCAAAUAAACCUAGGCCUGGAUCUCCUAGUGCAAAUUUUGGGAGACCCUAGAGAGAAUGAAGAAUAAGCCAUUAGCUAGUAGAACGACGUAAGGUAGGAUUCCGUGCUUAUUGGUGAGUAGGAGCAGCCUGUUUAAGGCAGUGAUGUGGUAUUUAGUAAAACAUUUGGGGAAGAGAAUGCUAAGUUUCCGUGUACCCUUUGAGGAAUCCUUCUGUCCUUGAGAAAGGAGCAGAACGGUCAGUCGAUGAGCGGAAAACGGGGCAUACACAACUCCCUCCAAGCUGCAUUUCAGUUUCUUUUCUGAACUUAUUACCUCUCCCCAUUCUAAGACUUUGAGGGGGAAGUAGAAGGAAGAACUGUGGCUUCCUCUCCCUCUCCCUGCACGUCAGUGUUUACUAACCUGUGUUGCCCAUGUCCCAUGGCUGUACACAUAACCGCUGUAGUAUAGGAACGGAUUUGGGACACUAGAGGUGGAUAUUCGAGUCCUCAUUUACAUGUACACUAAAUAAUAGCAAACUGAUCUUCAUGCUGCAUGGUUGUUUUUAUUAGUGAUUGUGUCCGAAGCCUUUAACCUCCAGCAGUUUAUUAUGUAUGUAACCUUCCAUGUUUGCUUCUGAUAAAUGGGAAUAUGGGUUCACUGCCACCUCCUGGAAUAGCUCUCUGCUUGUCCUUCUGAGUUGUUUUCAAUGCCAUUAGCCAAAGUUGGGUUUGCCAUCCAUCUCCUACACAUGGGACAUCUUGUGCUGUUCCUUAUUGUCCUCCAUACCAUUUAGGUGUCUGGGGGAAAUCAAUCUUCUACACAAUUAAUACAAAAUAUCUUCAGAGAAUGGGAGGCAACAGGAGAGUAGAUAGGAAACGAAACAGAACUUUAAGAUUUUUUUUUCAAACCAAAUGUUUUUCACGUAGGAUGCAAAAUGUUGGCACGUCAUGAAAAUAUGGAUGUGUAAACUGUAGUUGUGCUCAGUUUGUAGUGAUGGAAAGUGUAUUUUACUUUGAUCAAAUAAAUAAUGCUGGAAUAUUCAA